AUGUUUCUUAGGCUACAAGUUCUUCAUUGCCUGGAACACUCUGAUGGUUCCGGUGGCGAGACUGUAUUAGUGGAUGGUUUCUAUGGUGCCACGAAGCUUAAAGAAACAUUUCCUAAGGAUUAUGACUUCCUUACAAGGUUUGAUUUGGAAGCUGAGUACAUAGAAGAAGGCCAUCAUCAUAGAUAUUCAGGACCUGUGAUCAAAGUUAAUACAAUAGGAGAUCUUGUGCAAAUAAGAUACAACGUAUACGACCGAUCUACAAUGGCAUUUAGCAGCAGUGAGCAGUGCCGCUCAUACUAUCGCUCCCUGAGGAACCUCUCCCGCUACUAUCAAGAUCAGUCGAAUGAGUGGAAAUUUAAACUUAAACCAGGCACCGCCAUGGUAAUUGACAACUUCCGACUUUUGCACGGCAGGACUGCUUUCACUGGCACAAGAAUAUUAUGCGGAAGCUACGUGGCACGUUCUGAUUGGCUAGAUAAGGCGCGGACCCUGAAACUUAUUCAAUGA